UUUUUAUGUUCAGUUGCAAUUGAGAGUUACUAAACACAACAACGUUUGAGCGUUUUUAAUUAAAUUAAAUUUAUCGAAUUGAAUUCAAGGCAAAAACAAAUACAAUACAAAUAAUAAAACUUGUGUUAAUAGUCAGUCUACAAACAAUUCUAUUACUUUUUAUACGUUACGGCGUUUAUUUUCUUCUUGUUGCUUUGAAAUUUUAAUUAAAAAAUAUUGACAAGAAAAAUUUAUAGAAAUAAUUUAAUAAAAACCGGAUAAAAAUAAAUCAUAAUAAAAAAUUCAAAUAUUUUGAAAUAUUUAAAAAAAAAUAACGAAAAAACAGAUAAGAAAUAAACCUGUAAAUUAACAAAAGAAAGUAAUACACACAACAGCAACAAAAUGUUUAAUACUUUGGUUUACAUACCCACCAUCUUGGCCUACACUUUUAUCACCCUACUGGUUGUCAUCUUGGGUUUUAUAGUCAUCUAUGUGGCUCAUAAAAUCUACACCACUGUCUAUGAUAAUUUGCCUGUAGCACAAUUGGUCUCAAAAUCCUCUGUGUCACAUGAAAGUGAUAUAAUGACAGAUUCCCACACUAUGCUGACCCAGGUCACUAAAAUGGAUGGAUUACAGUGUCGUAAAUCGAAAACAGCUUUACGUAUUAUUGUUACCCUGGAACCGUGUUAUUUGGCCUAUAUGGUGUUUGAAUCAAAAUUACUUUAUUAUAAUCCCAACAAUCAUUACGCAUCAAGACUUUAUCAAUAUACCCGUAAUAGCAAUACUUCUCAAGUUUCUCAAGCAAUCACUGGUCACUACGAUCAUUAUUUGUUGAUCAAAUAUUUUGAUAGUCUUUCGUCUAUACCAACUUUAAGAGAUUUACAAAAAUGUGAUAAUUUUAAAUUUAAUAAAAUUUGCAUAAGACGUCGUAGUAGUAGGCGCAUAUAAUACAUACGUUGUUGUCGUUGUUGUUUCAAACAAAUUACUGCAAUUUAAAAAUAAAAUGUAACAUUUUAAAUUGUUUUUCGUUUUUUU